AUGGCUACCAUAUUAGAGUGUACCACACCGGUACACCCUUCGCUGGGUAGUGGUACAGCCUUGGAUAUCUGGUUGCAACAAAGAGAGGGUCAGGAGGGGCGGGGAGAGCAGCGUGUACAGCACAUGCCUUUGAGGCUUCCUUCUCCCAAUCCAAAUCAACAUAAGAACGAGACCGGAAAGCAGCCUCUGCCCACUUCAUAUCAAACAAGAGACCUGAUCACAGGCAUGCCCUCAAAACAAUUUGAAGGGUCGAAAGGUAUCUGCAAGUAUUCUAUCCGGGACAAGAUGCAGGGGCUGAAAACUCUGUCACAACAAAGGCUAUGCUACUGUGUAAAAGAAAGCCAAAGCACUCCGUACUCCAAUCUAAAAGGACAAACAUCUUCAAAAGGUCGGACUUGA